AUGGACGAAUCUGCAAAUGAACAAACACAAAGUUGGUGGCAGCGAAUCGUGAGCCUGUUCCGACGUUGCAGCGCAUGUAUUUUCCGCGCGGUGUCACUCGAAUCUCUUUCAACUCCACCUGCUGAUACCCCAGAUCAAAAUGAGUCCAUGCCUGAGCCUAGAAAUCAAUAUAGUAGCUCAGAAGCAUAUUCUUCUUCAAGUUCUCACGCAAUUACGACACCAUCUACAUUAGAAAUAAUACGCCCUCAGCCGCCUGCAAAAUACUUAAUUCCAGCCCCAAAUUCAAAACCUAGUGCAGAUAUAUCGGGGCCAGAAUUCGAAGGACAAGAAAACCAAAGUAAAGAAAGACAUUCAAAUUCAAGUCAAGAUACAGCCGAACAAGUACAAUCUCUCCUGUCUUGGUGUAAUGCAUCAAUCGGAAGUGAAUCUAAACAUAUGCAGGAAACAGCACUACCACAAGGUCAACCACAAAGCCCAGUAGCCAAAACAGAAGCAAAAUGUUCUUCUCGUGAAAAAAGUAAAGUUCCUCACUCAUGGCCUCACUUUAUUCCACUGUACAAAAUCGACCGUCGCUACUCUGAACCUUCGGUGAGAGAACCUUUACCUCCAGAAGGCUUUACCAGGCAACCUCUAUCCCAAAUAUCCUUACAAGAACUGGUAAUAUCAGGAACAGUUUAUCUUGACGAUGUCGAACCAUCGAAAACAGAACCAUUAUGCUUACUAAAAGCUUCAGAAUUGGCAGAGACUUUGCAAUUGACAAUGCAUUCCCAGUCGGCUUCAGCUUCAACUUCUGAAUCAGCAACCUCUUCAAAGUCAGCACCAUCUUCAGGGUCUGGAUUAUCUUUACGGUUAACAGUAGCAUUGCAUCAACCAUCAAAUCCACUUGAUGAACCAAAGCUCGAAGAAGACGUAGUUCAACACCAAGAAGUGGCCCCAUCAUCAUCAUCGAAUUCUGAUUCUGCUCAGAAAUCAAUUUCUCCAGAAUUUCCAGCAUCACCCAUAAAUGAAACCUCUUCUUCGGGAAUAAAACUCUCGAAUGUUGUAAGGAAUCUUUUAUUAAUCUCAUUGAAUUCGCAAGAACCAUCAAGUCCACCAGAAGUCGGGGAAAAAGAAAAAUUGAUUGCAUCAUCACAAGGAAAAAAGAAACCACAUGACUCGGCAGCUAGCAUAACUUCUGACCAAUCAUCCUUAGAAGAGGAUCCACCGCCACGUUUAGUAUCUUUUCCACUUCCAAGUGGAAGCCCAUCUCCAGCACAAACGGAACAAAAUUUAUAUGGGGAGGGACCAUCCGGACUACUUACCACACGAAAACAGUUAGGAACAAAUGAUACGACUACCAAAAUUUCAACAUCUACGGAAUCAUCUUCGAGUCUUGUAUCUGUAAGCCCCCUAUCUUCGCCGGAGAAAAUAAAAUUUCAAAAAGAAAUGGACAUACGCCGGAUUCAAAAUACGCCUGGAAUUCCAACAGAUGAUCAACUAGUAGCGUCACUGCCAGGAGCUAUACCGAAACCGCAGGAGCAUCCACUUGAUACGCAGAAGGCCAAAUCUGACAAUGCGCAUGCAAACACAUCAAAUGAAGAAAAUGAAUUCGACGGAGAAAUCAUAUACAUUGACAUUUUACUUGAAAGAAUACAACCAGGACAGCCUGAACAACAAUCCGCCAGUCAACCUGGUAAUAUUCCAGUAAUUGAAGAAAGAGAAGGACCCAUCAGACCGCCUACAAAUAUCGCCCAACUUAGGCGACUAGUCCCGCACAUAUUGUAUGCUGAACUCAUAGUGGAAAGUAGACAACCAAGUCACCCUGAGCAAAACCAGUCUGGGAAUAUACCCGCAACGGGAGCUGUUGGAGGAAGAGAAAGUCCAAUCAGACAAUUUCCACAUAUUGAUCAAAUCAGACAACCAGUUCAUAUUGGCCCCAAUCCUGAAGCCCGAUCCGCUGAUGUCCAGCCACACGCUAAUAUGUAUCAACCCGCCGAUGUGAACCAUCCCGCUAGUAUGCAUCCGUCUGCUAAUGUGAAUGUUCCCGCUUAUGGGUACCAACCAGCUAAUAUACAACAACCCAUUGAUAGGCACCAACCCCUUAAUGUACACGCACCCGUUGGUCAUCCAAGCGUAAAUGUAAAUCCCCCUGGUUAUAUGUACCCACUCGCCAAUAUACGGCUACCCACUGUUGGGUACCCGCCCGGCAACUUAAAUCCGCCCGCUAAUAUACCCCAUCCCGCUAAUAUUUACCCCCCCGCUAGUAGGCAUGAUGACCCUAAUAUGCAACACGCUAACAUUAAUCCCCUUGCUAAUAUGUACCCACCAGCUAAUAUCCACCCCUUCCCGCAAGUCGUUCAAGAGCGUCCCUACGUACCAAUUGUACAGCGCAUUUGGAACUUUCCACGAAGGUUACCGCGUCCUCCUGGCCCUCCUAGGAUACUUCCAAGCCUCUCCCGCGAGCCGGUACGUCUUCUACCGGUAAAUGGUUCAGCUGCAAAUCCAGAUGACGAAGUUCUAGUAAAUGCAUAA